ACAGACUUUAGACUUGUCUUGAACAACACAUUGUCCAAGCAAGGAAGAUCCUACAACCAGGUUCAGAAAUGCCCCUGGCAUGUUUGACAGACUUCCAGGCCCUUGCCCGAGAGCGCCUGUCAAAAUCAUCUUGGGAUUAUAUUGAUGGAGGAGCUGGUGAAGGCGUCACACGAGAUGACAACGUUGCAGCAUUUAAAAAAAUUCAGCUCCGUCCUCGGUACCUAAGGGACAUGUCAAAGGUGGACAUCAGCACUACAAUUCAAGGGGAGAAGAUCAGCGCCCCCAUUGGCAUCUCACCCACAGGUUUCCACCGCCUUGCCUGUACUGAUGGCGAAAUGAGCACAGCUAGAGCUGCCCAAGCAACUGAUGUCUGUUAUAUUACCAGCACCUAUGCCAGCUGCACCUUGGAGGACAUUGUCACUGCUGCUCCCAGGGGCCUCCGUUGGUUCCAACUCUAUGUGCAGCCAGACAGGCAGCUGAACAAACAGCUGAUCCAGAGGGCAGAAUCUUUGGGGUUUAAAGCUCUGGUGAUCACCGUGGAUGUCCCCACUCUUGGCAACCGGCGACAUGAUAUCCGAAACCAACUGGACUUGAAAACCAACUUACUGCUAAAGAAUCUCCAGUCUCCCCAAGAGGGAAGUGGAAUGCCUAAUCUCCAGAUGACCGCCAUUGACCCAUCCAUCUCCUGGAAUGAUCUUUCCUGGUUCCAGAGCUUAACUAACUUGCCCAUCAUCCUUAAAGGGAUCUUGACAAGAGAAGAUGCAGAGUUAGCCUUGAAGCACAAUGUCCAGGGCAUCAUUGUUUCCAAUCAUGGUGGGCGACAGUUGGAUGAGGUUUCUGCUUCGAUUGAUGCUCUGCCAGAAGUUAUAGCUGCUGUGAAAGGGAAGGUUGAAGUGUAUGUGGAUGGUGGAAUCAGAUCUGGCAAUGAUGUGCUCAAGGCACUGGCUCUCGGGGCUAAGUGUGUGUUUAUUGGGAGACCCAUCCUGUGGGGUCUUGCCUGCCAGGGCGAAAGUGGUGUUGAGGAAGUUCUGAAUAUUUUAAAAAAGGAAUUCCACAUUUCCAUGACUCUGACUGGUUGCCGCUCUGUGGCUGAGAUUAAUCGCGACCUGAUCCAGUUCUCCAGAUUAUGAAGCAUAAGAGUGAAUUCAUGGAUUACUGAGAAUGCCAACAGGAGGAAGAGUGACUC